AUGGUUUCCCCAUCUGGUUUCACCGGUCGCCACCCCACCAUCUCACCUGCGAUGGUCGUUAUGCCCAAAAACCUGCAGAAAUCCAGCAACCCCAAACCCUCUCAAGCCGAUUCCGGUUUCAGAUUUAUUGAUAUAAUGUUGUCUUUGGGUUGUAAAUUACAUCCUGGAUUCACAUCAUAUCUCGAUUAUAAGUACGAGCUUCCACAUCGACAUUGCACGGGUAGACAAAGUGUAUCAUCUGUUCAGAAAUGCACCGCCGCGAUGCGUAUGUUAGCGUAUGGUGUAGCUGCAGAUGUCGUUGAUGAAUAUCUAUGUAUUGCAGAAACCACCACAAUAAAAUGUGUCAAGAAAUUUGUAAAAGCUAUCAUUAGUGUGUUUGGGGACGAGUACUUGCGAAGACCAACUGUUGAAUACCUUCAACGGUUACUUCAUCUUGGACACGAACGAGGGUUUCUAGGUAUGUUAGGUAGUAUUGAUUGUAUGCAUUGGGAAUGGAAAAAUUGUCCAGUUCCAUGGCAUGGGCAAUAUGCUAGAGGAGAUCAUGAAAGUCCAACAAUAAUGUUAGAAGCUGUUGCAUCACAAGAUUUGUGGAUAUGGCAUGCUUUCUUUGGUCUUCCAGGUACAUUAAAUGACAUCAAUGUGUUAGACCUGUAA